CCUUUCCACCAAUCAAACAAUUAUACUGUUCUUAAUCAAUUCCAAUUAUUUGUGACUUGUGUGUUUUUUCUCCUAUUUUUUUGGGGAAAAACAGAGAAAUUCAGAAAACCCUCCAAAUAGCAAUCUACUUAUUCGAAUUCAAAGUGAAUCAGUGGCGCAGAAAAUGGUUUGUUUUUCUUUCCACGUGCGUCUAAAUUUUAAUUGAAAGGUAUGGAGUGUUAUGAUUUCUGGAGAAGAUGAUGGUGCAGUGCUUAGACGGAGUGAAACAUUUGCUUUCUUCUAUUGUAAAUUGCUGUGACUCUGAGAUAUACAAGCAACCCUGGGGUCUGGAAAAUCCUGAAGCUCUAGCAAGGGAGACAGUAUUUAGUGUUAGUGAAAUUGAAGCAUUAUAUGAAUUAUUUAAGAAGAUCAGUAGUGCUGUAAUCGAUGACGGCCUGAUUAACAAGGAAGAGUUUCAGCUUGCGCUAUUUAAAACAAACAAAAAGGAGAGCCUAUUUGCUGACAGGGUUAGUUUUCAUGCGCCAAAUACUGCAAAUUGCUUAAAAAUAGCGGACAGGGUAUUCGACUUGUUUGAUACAAAGCACAAUGGGAUAUUAGACUUUGAAGAGUUUGCUCGUGCUCUUUCAGUAUUUCACCCAAAUGCUCCCAUUGAAGAUAAGAUUGAUUUUUCAUUCCAAUUAUAUGAUCUCAAGCAACAAGGAUUCAUUGAAAGACAGGAGGUAAAGCAAAUGGUGGUGGCCACACUGGCUGAAUCUGGUAUGAACCUCUCGGAUGAUGUUAUAGAGAGUAUCAUUGACAAGACAUUUGAGGAAGCAGAUACCAAGCACGACGGGAAGAUUGACAAAGAAGAGUGGAGGAGCCUUGUUAUGCGACAUCCAUCUUUGUUAAAGAAUAUGACACUGCAAUACCUCAAAGACAUCACAACCACAUUCCCCAGCUUUGUAUUUCACUCGCAAGUUGAUGAUGCAUAGUGCGGCUUUUCAAAUCAAGACAGCAUUUUGAUUUUUUCUGGGUUAAGGUCUACAAAAGUAACGUGAAUCCCGAUUGGAUGCACAAGAUGAAAAUGCUGGAUUUUUUUGUUACUUGACUAUGCGACGUGACUAUAUUUAUCUGCUUUAUAUUUUGAUGGCUAAAACCUUCCUUCUGUCACGGUCGAUUCUAGAAAUUUGAGCACAAUUUAUUCGUAUCGCUCCUCUCUUCGGGUUCCUUUGAAUCUGUAAGAAGGCAUCAGUUGUUUUCUCUUCAGUUCUGUGGACUUAUUGAAGUCCUAUUUAUAGUACUUAUUGGAUUUUAAUGAAUUUAUAUAUGAUAUAUUUUUGGAAGAAAGAAAAAAAUAUUUCACAUGA